AUGGACCAGUCUAGAUCUACAACCUCCAGUUCUACAGUCAAAAGUGCUGGAGACACAUCCCCCAUGCUUCAAGACUAUCUUGGAAACUCGCGGACCAUCACAGAGAAGCUUUAUAGUAGCUCUAAGAGAGGCGGCAAAACUACAAAGAAUGUUCAGGUGAAAAAGAUAAAGACGUAUCUUGGCGAUUGGCAAGACUCCUGGGACAAGAUGGCUACGUCGAAGAAGUAA